AUGUCUUUGGAAAACAAAGCUCGAGCUCUUCCACAGCAGGGCAGAAUUUCGCCAAGUGACCAUCUGAAGAACCCCCUGGAGCAAAUAGUCCAACUCGCAGCUAGACCCGAGCUACAGAGCACAGCCAGCAUUUUCGAUGAAAUCAAUCGCCGGCAGGCGGAAAUAAAUGCCAAGGAAGCCGAGCUAGCCAAAGCUCAAAAUGAUCUUAAGGCCCUGAAAGGUAAAACAGAAGACGCAGUCGAAGUGAUGUUUACUGCGAACGAAAAGCUCAAGGCCAAGUUAAGAGGUGUCAAAGAGGAAAAUGGGUUACGCCUCCAGUCCCUUGAGGCUAAGGAUAAGGAUCUCAACGAGCGUGCUGAACAGAUAAGCGGACUCAAAAGCGAGCUGAAGAAUCUACAGGCGGGCCAUUCCCAAGAAAUUGAAAAGGCGGCUCAAUUAUCUCGCGAUAUUACUUCUCUUCAGGAAAAACUCAAAGAGAAAGAAAAGAUGAUCGACAAAAUGAAGGCUGCUGGCUCUAAUUUGAAGACGCUACUAUCUGAAGAGCAGAAGAAGAGCGCGGAACUUGAGAAAGAGAGAAUAGUAUUUCACGAAGAAGGGCAAAAGACUUUAGCACAGCUUCGGAAGCUGGAGAGUUUCGCCGUACGCGGUGCCGAAGCCGACGAAGAUACAAUUGUCGAAGCUCUCAGUACUAAAAUGGCUUGGGACAAAUUCCAAAUGGAUAGCGAGCUUGCAGUCCGGCAUCAUGUCCCCUUACUUGCUUUUAAUUCUCCUGCUGCGAAAGGAAUGCGACUGGCUGUGAUACUAGCCAUUCUCGCCCGAGAAAUUGACACGAAUAUUUUCCAGCCAAAUUAUCUUUUCUCAGACACAGAACUAAGGGUGGUUUUAUGUGACCUCGCUACCGUUGACGGCGGGAAAGAGUCGUUCUGUCGGUCUAUGUUACUUUCCAUCGAUCACAGCGCCCAGCAGGUAUCUAUCCAGUCCAGGAUUCAAACUGUGGUGUGUAACGUGUCAAACUCUCUAUUCGGUGUGCUCUCAGAAGCCCAAUUUGGCGAGUUUCGACAGAGAAUAGAAAAUGUCGUGACGAGGGCCAUUGAGACUUGGCGUCCCAUCCAGUCUGCUAGCAAGAAGUACGAGACGGAUUUUGAACCGCUCAAGUGGGAUGAUAAUGAUUGGACUCAGUUUCAAUUUCCCGGCGACAAUAAUGAUCAAAACGAAGCGGCUAACAGCCACCAAGGCAGCAACCUUCUUACCGUUUUCCCCCGUAUCUCUUGGGUGAACAAUGAUAAGCGCCAUCCCCACACUUUUGUUGUCCAGCUCAUGGCAUCUCCAGCUCAUGGCAUCUCCAGCUCAUGGCAUCUCCAGCUCAUGGCAUCUCCAGCUCAUGGCAUCACAAAACCA